AUGGCACUGAGAAUGUGGGCUUCUUCUACAGCAAAUGCUCUCAAGCUUUCUUCUUCUGUUUCAAAGUCUCAUCUCUCUCCACCUUUCUCCAUCUCCAGAUGCUUCUCCUCAGUGUUGGAAGGACUUAAGUAUGCAAAUUCACAUGAGUGGGUGAAACAUGAAGGCUCAGUGGCUACCAUUGGCAUCUCUGACCAUGCUCAGGGUCAUUUAGGAGAAGUUGUGUUUGUGGAGUUGCCUGAAGAAAAAAGUUCAGUGAGUAAAGAGAAAAGCUUUGGAGCUGUUGAGAGUGUUAAGGCUACAAGUGAGAUUAUAUCCCCAAUCUCUGGUGAAGUCAUUGAGGUUAACACAAAGCUCACCGAUUCACCCGGUUUGAUCAACUCAAGCCCUUAUGAAGAUGGUUGGAUGAUAAAGGUGAAACCAAGCAGCCCCGCGGAGUUGGAAUCCUUGAUGGAUCCAAAGGCAUACACCAAAUUCUGCGAAGAGGAAGACGCAGCUCACUAG